AACGGGGAGCGACCGUGAGGGAAGGAGGGAGGCGCAGGCGGUGGCUGCCCCAUCGCUGGCAGCGCCCGAGACCGGGCUGGACGGGGCUGGGGCUGCGGGCUGGGGGCGGCCCGGCCCGGCGGGAGCCGCCCCUGCCACGGCCGGGCGGGCUCUGGGACCCCGCCGGGCGGAGCCGUGAGAGGCGCGGGGAGGCUCCAGCCCCGCGCCUACAAGUCCCGGCGUGCCGCGCUGCCGGAGGUGCCGCCAUCUUACCGGCGCCCGUUGCCUGGCAACCAUGGCGGGGCGGCGGGCGCGGAGCCCCCUGCAGCGGGUGCAGCGGCGGAGCCGGCACCUGAGGGACCAGGUGGAGGCGCUGCGGGCCGAGAGCGCGGCGGCGGGCGGCGGGCAGCGGCAGGCCCUGAGGCAGAGAUGCAUGCAGCUGCAAAAAUUGGUCGAUGAAAAUACGGAUGCUCUUCAUAAUUUGAAAAAAGCUGAUGAGCCUGCGCCAGUGGGGAAUUAUACUCAGCGGAAAGAAGAAGAGGAAAAGCUACUGCUAAAGCUGUCUCAACAGCUGUGGAAACUUGGUCGUGUCUUGGAUCAGGAUAACGCAGCUGCAAACGACACAGUGAAGGACGGAUAUCAAAAAGAUCCUCAAACAGUAGACGAAGACAAAGAAGAGGAUGAGAGUGAUGAUGACGAUGCAGAAAGUAGUGAGGAAGAAGACAGUGAAGAAACAGAUGAUGAGGAUAAACUGUUGGAUGAUCCCAGUGUUAAAGAAUGUAUUGCAGUUGGAAACUUUAAUGCACAGCAAGAGGGUGACCUCACGUUUAAGAAAGGUGAAGUCCUGCUUAUACAUGAUAAGAAGGCGGAUGGCUGGUGGCUAGCUGAAAACUCAAAAGGGGAGAGAGGCCUUGUGCCUAAAACCUAUCUUGCGGUCCAUAAUGAAGAUGAAGAAAGCCAAGAGGAAAGUGAUGAACACAUAGAAGUGGUGGAUGAAACAGCAGAUGGAACUGAAAUUAAAAAAAGAACAGAUUCUCACUGGAGUGCUGUGAGAAAAGCUAUCACAGAGAAUGAUACAGUAGAGGUAUUGGCAACUAUGGGAGCAGUUCCUGCAGGUUUCCGUCUCUCCACACUUUUCCAGCUCUUAGAAGAAGGUAAUCAAUUUAGAGCAAGUUACUUCUUACAGCCUGAACUUACUCCAUCCCAGCUGGCUUUCAAAGACUUGGUGUGGGACUCUGAAAAAAAUACUAUCCAGCCUAGACCAACUCGAGUAUCCCUGAUUGUGACUUUAUGUAGCUGCAAAAUGAUUCCUCUCCCAGCAGGCAGCAUACAGGUUCUCAGUAGACAUGUCCGACUCUGUCUAUUUGAUGGCAAUCGGGUACUGAGUAACAUUCAUACAGUGAGAGCCACAUGGCAACCUAAAAAUCCCCAAAUGUGGACCUUUUCUCCAAGGGUAACAGGCAUUUUACCCAGCUUGCUGGAUGGUGACUGUUUCGUCAGGUCUAAUUCUCCAUCUUCAGACAUUGGUUUCUUAUUUGAACUUGGCAUCACUUAUAUUCGCAAUUCAACAGGUGAACGAGGAGAGCUAAGCUGUGGCUGGGCAUUUCAGAAGCUUUUUACUUCUGAUGGAAUGCCUGUUCCUUCCAAGAUGUAUGAGCUGCCAUUAAAUGGUGGUACUCCCUAUGAGAGAGGUGUUGAGGUAGACCCUUCAAUAUCAAGAAGAGCAGGCAGUGGUGUUCUUCAACAGCUUAUAACACUCAAGAAGCAGCCUGUGCUUCUAGUAAAACUGAGGUCAUUAAGCACACAGUCAAAAGACAUCCUGAAUUUGCUACCAGAAACAUUAAUUGGCAGUAUGUGCUACAUCCAUCUCUUGAUAUUUUAUCGACAAAUACUUGGUGAUGCACUCCUGAAAGACAGAAUAAACAUGCAGAGUGCAGAUUUAAUCUGUAAUCCUAUUUUAGCAACAUUCCCUCAGCUCAUGGAUCAGCCAGACCUGAUGGACGCACUGCGGAGCGCUUGGGCAGAUAGAGAAAGAAAUCUGAAGAGAUCAGAAAAGUGUCUCUAUAUGGUUGUUAAUCCGGAUUAUAAUACGGAUGUUGUGGUAGGUUCAUAUCCCAAUGUGGCUCUCUCUCAUGAUGUGCUUGCAACACUGGGCUGGUGAAAACUUGCCACUGGUACAAAAAGGGCUGCGUUUUUCUGCAAAACAGUCUUUCCUCCUCCAACCUCUGAUUUGCGUCCGGUCCUUUUCCAAAUUCCGCAGUUUCCUGAUGUCAGUAGUCUCCCAUUUUGGCAUGUAGACAGCUGCAGACGAACUCAACAGGCCAUGUUACCAGGCUUAGCUGUGUCUUCUGCCAUCUCCUGUCCUCCCUACAGAGAGAAGCUAUAGAUAACUGAACAAGCAAGGUGUCGAUCCCAGGCACUUUGCUUCUUGGGAGCAACAUAAGGUUAUUUCAUUCGUCGCGUGUGCUACUGAACAGAUAGAUACGCAAAGAGAUCUCUCCAUUCAUGCAAACAAAACAAACCACCAUUGAAUCAGAGCAGCUUUUUCAGGACUAUUCAUCCAAAAUGUAAGCUGAUCUGCUCAGAGAAUUAAUAACUCCUCAGUGUCCCAGAACCAUCCAGUUUUACCUGAUUUGUCAUGUGCCACUCCCAUGGCAGGAUUGCUGCCUGGCAUGACAGCUAAUUCUUGCUCCUUCUUGCAUGCUUUUAUGACACUCAGCUGCUAAAUCCUUUGCUGAGAUGUGAAUUGUUCAUCUUCCCAGGGGUAGCAAAGAGGUGCCGAUGCCAGUCAUAUUGCUGGCAUUCCUGGCAGAGCUUCAGUGGUCAGUGAGUUUUCCAGGAGGCUGUGCUGUGUUUGUCUUUCUUGCACAGAAGGGUGUCUUCUGGUGUGUUUGGAAAAUGGGGCAUACAAAUCUUGCCUGUUUGAAGUGGGCAGGAUCUUUCAGUACUUGCUAAUUGACCAGGCUGAUUCUUAGACCCUAGGUUUUGCAAACAGGCCUUUACAUGUCAAAGUAUCAUUCUCUCCACACAGAGAAUGUUCUCUCAAAAUGUGAAAUAACAGCACCUGCAGAAUGGCCGUGCCUCCUGCGUGCUGUGAGAAGCAUAGAUAGGAGAGCAUAGGACCAGUUGAAUUAAUAUUAAAAUAUUAAAUGCUUAGAUAUUAAUAAAAGAGUGGUGUUAACUCUUUUUAUUUAGAUUUUCUGGUGUGCUGUUUCCUCUAUUCACCCAACCUAAAUUAACCAUCUUUUACAAGGGCACAGGUAGGGCCAAUAGCAAAUUUGAUAGUUCAGGCUGCUUCAGCAUAGGUCACCAGGGCGGAGGGGGAGGAGGGUUGUAGUAAAUUGAAAAGAAAUUUAUCUUCAAGAUAUAUUUUUUAAUGUAUCAGACUAGAGAGUAAUGCUGCUGCAAGCAGAUUGCAGUGAGAGAUUUGAUCUGAAAAUCAGGCAGGAGGAUGGCGAUGGGAAUCUUGUGCCCUGUGAAGCUCAUGAUGCGUUUGGGUGGCUCAUUCAGACUUUCUCUGCAGAAAAGCAGAGAAACCUCAGGGGUAGGUGUGAAAGCUGUUGUGACUGGCAGGAUAAGCAUCACAAGUGUCCUCUGCUGCAGAUGUGGCAGCAUCUGCAGGUUUGGCUGCAUAUCACUGCUUUUUGUUGCUGGGAAGAGUAGGUGGGUAGGAGAGCAGAUCUGCUGAUCUGUGGUUUAUGCAGUGUAGUUCUGGUGCUGAGUUUGAGGUCCAUGUUUAAGGUCAGAUCUCCUCCUGUUGUUAACCCGCAAAGUUGAGUGGUUUGGGUUUGUUCUUCCUUUGUAGAAUACUCCUUCAGAAGUGCUUGAUACUGCUGCACAUUUUCAUGGAAAUGCUUUCAAAUAUUU